AUGGGCAACAACAUCCUCGAGGAGAUCGCAGCCCAACGCCGUCUGGACGUGGCGGCGGCCAAGCAGUCCGUAUCUGCUGAGGAGCUCGUAGAGAAGAUCAGAGUAACAGAAGAAACCUACGGAUCAGCGCUGAGCGUGCUCGACCGCCUCUACGCGCCUGCGCGCAAAGGCUGGCUAGACAUCGCUCUCGCGGCCGAGUUCAAGCGUGCGAGUCCCAGCAAAGGCGAUAUCGCCACAGAACUGAAUCUUCGCGAGCAAGUCAAGGCGUACGCAGAUGCAGGCGCUAGUAUGAUCUCCGUGCUGACGGAGCCCAAGUGGUUCAAGGGCUCGUUGGACGACAUGAUGGCGGCCAGAGAAGUCGUGCAAAGCAUGGACCAACGUCCUGCUAUCCUGCGCAAAGACUUUAUUGUCGACGUGUACCAGUUGUUGGAAGCUCGUGCAUACGGUGCCGACUGCGUGCUGCUCAUUGUGGCUCUGCUGACCCAAGAGCAGCUCGAUGAGCUUAUUGACACAACUCACAAACUUGGCAUGUGCGCUUUGGUCGAGGUGAACAGUGUCCAGGAGUUGGACAUCGCUCUAGCUGCAAAAGCCCGGUUGAUUGGUGUGAACAACCGUGAUCUCCGCACAUUUAAAGUGGACAUGGACACGACUGCUCGAGUCGCAGCCGCUGUUCGUGAACGAGGUUUUGAGCUUGGAUGUGAUGGCGUGACGCUAUUUGCGCUCAGUGGCAUUCACUCGCACGCCGAUGUGGUCAAGUACGAACAGUGUGGAGCCCGUGGCAUCUUAGUCGGUGAGUAUCUGAUGAAGAGCGGCGACCUUGCGACAACAGUGAAGAACCUCAUGCAGACUGAGUCGCACCACACCAAGUUGUGCGACCUGUCGUUGCUCCCGCCGCUCGCGAAGGUGUGCGGUGUGACGACUGUAGAGCAUGCACUGGCUGCCUUGCGCAGCGGGGCUAACAUGAUUGGCAUUAUCCUGGUGGAACACUCGCCUCGAUUCGUUCGGAAAGAAGAAGCCAAGGCUAUUGCUCAAGCCGUGCGUGAGUACGGCGAGCGUGCAGGCUCCAUCCUUUCGGACAUCUUGGCGGCACACGUCGACGGUGAGCGUGACUGGUUCUAUAGGAAUGUCUUGGCCUUGCGAGAGGCUUGUGCGCGCGCCCCUCUUGUCGUGGGUGUGUUUGCGAACAAGACUGCUGCUGAAAUGAACACGGCUGCGGAGGACAUUGGACUGGAUCUGGUGCAGCUGCAUGGUGACGAGGGCUUUGAGAUUUGCAAGAGCAUCAAGUACCCGACGAUCCGAGCGUUGCAUCUGCCAGACACGGCGCAGAGCGACGGUGUUGAUGCUGAGGUCAUUCUCCAGCAGGUUCAGAAGGGUCUUGCCUACUACAUUCUGCUCGACACCACAGUAAAGGGCCAGCAGGGCGGCACUGGCGUGGCGUUUGAUUGGAAGAUUGCAGCCAUCUUUGCUGGCGCGCGGAUUCCGUGCUUGAUGGCGGGUGGGCUCACGCCGAAGAACGUUGUAAAGGCCUUAUCGGUUGGUCACCCCGUGGCAGUGGAUGUAAGCAGUGGCGUGGAGGUCAAGGGAUCGCCAGGCGUAAAGGACUUGGAUAAGAUGGCUGCGUUCUUGAAGGCUGUCAAGCACUACCUCGCGGUUGCUGCGCUCAAGAUUGACGAGGAGAAGGAGGCGUAG